AUGAAAAUACCUCAUUUCAUCGGCGUGUUUACCAGAGAUAGGUUAUCUACACGUCCUAAGCGUCAAGAAUCAGCGAUAAUUAACUUGGACGCGGAAAACGGUACAGGAACGCAUUGGGUAGCGUAUAGAAAAAUCGGAAAAAAAGUCGACUAUUACGAUAGUUUUGGAAAUUUACCACCUCCACUAGAAGUACAACAAUAUUUUCAAGGAUGCGACGUACAUUUCAAUUACAGUAGAGAAUACUUGGCAACUGGGACGCAUUUCGCUGUGUUGCAUUUUGACUUUCGUAUUGGAAAAAGUACGUUUAACGGAAUUGUAAGAGAAACAUGUCAGGCUUUAUGGUCAGUUCUACAACCCACAGAAAUACCAAAACCAAAUAAAGGAAGGUGGAUAGAUAUUUCAAAAACAAAUUUCCCAAACUGUCUUGGAGCUAUUGAUGGAAAGCACGUCAGAUGCAAAAAUCCAGAAAACUCUGGUUCUCUGUUAUAUAAUUAUAAAAAAUAUUUUUCAAUAAUAUUAAUGGCAGUGGUCGAUGCUAAUUUAAACUUCAUAUACAUUGACGUAGGUGCAUACGGUCGUGAAGCCGAUUCUAGCGUUUUUCGUCAGAGUGUGUUUGGAAAAAUGUUAUACUCGCGACAACUUCAAAUUCCGGCCUCAGACGUAUUGUCUUUAACUGAAAACAAUAUUCAGCCUUAUGUUUUUGUCGCUGAUGAAGCGUUUGGUCUGCACGCAAAUUUAUUACGACCAUUUCCAGGUCGUGGACUUAAUAGCACUCGUCAGGUGUUUAACUACAGCUUAUCAAGAGCUAGACGUACCGUGGAAUGUGCUUUUGGAGUUUUGGCCAAUAAAUGGCGAGUUUUGCACACGACCAUUUUAGUGGAACCAGAUUUUUGUGAUGAUAUUAUAAAAGCAUGUUGUGUUCUCCAUAAUUUUGUCCGAAAGAGAGAUGGGUAUAAUUACGAUGAAGAAACUGAUGUGCAUAAUUUGGAAAAUUUGACAACACGUGGAAGAAAUAUUAAUAGAAGUGGAAUAGACGUAAGGGAUAAUUUUGCUGAUUAUUUUAUGGCUGAUGGAGCGGUACCUUUCCAAUACAGAAUUCUUUAA